AACAGAGGAAAUACGCUUGGACUGCCGCUGCUCUGGAGUUUAAACAAGAAACCCAGUUUUCCGACGACCAGCUCACCGCCGAUGGAGGAGGCGCAAAAGCCAAGUCUCGCUCUUCUCGACGACUCAGAAAAGCGAAAGCCACAAGCGCCGAAACGGUUCGUCCGGAGCCAAAUCCCGGACUCAAUACUCCACGACCCGGCUCUCAACGCCGCCAUAAGCCUCCUCCCCUCCAACUAUCACUUCGAAGUCCACAAAUGCGUCUGGCGCGUCCGCUCCACGAACGCCUCGCGCGUCGCUCUCCAGCUACCGGAGGGCCUCCUGAUGUACUCCCUCGUCCUCUCCGAUAUUCUCUCCACCUUCGGAGGCGCCUCCCAGUGCUUCGUUCUCGGCGACGCCACUUACGGCGCGUGCUGCGUCGACGACCUCGCCGCCAAGGCCCUCAACGCCGACCUCCUCAUUCACUUCGGCCACAGCUGCCUCGUCCCCCUCCACGUCACCUCCAUCCCCUGCCUCUACGUCUUCGUCGAAAUCUCCAUCGACGUCGGCCGGUUAAUCCAGACCGUCCAUCUCAACCUCCAAAACCCUCUCCCUAAAACCCUAGUCCUCGCCGGAACAAUCCAGUUCGCUUCGGCGAUUCGAGCGGCCAAGCCGGAGCUUGAAGCCCGGGGUUUCAAGGUCUUGGUCCCACAGUCUAAGCCCUUGUCAGCCGGCGAGGUUUUGGGCUGUACAGCCCCGAAAAUCUCACGAAACCACGGCGUUGAGGACGGUGGUGACACUGCACUGGUAUUCGUGGCUGACGGCCGGUUUCAUCUGGAAGCUUUUAUGAUAGCAAAUCCAGGGGUUAAGGCGUUUCGGUACGAUCCUUAUAUGGGGAAGCUGUUUCUGGAGGAAUAUGAUCACAAAGGGAUGAGGGAGUCGAGAAAGAGUGCCGUGUUGAGAGCCAAAGAGGCCUCCAAUUGGGGCAUUGUGCUUGGGACUUUAGGAAGGCAAGGGAAUCCGAGGAUUCUACAGAGAUUGGAGAAGAAGAUGAGGGAGAAGGGGUUUGAUUAUACUGUGGUUUUAAUGUCGGAGAUUAGUCCGGCGAGAAUUGCUUUGUUUGAGGACUCUGUGGAUGCUUGGAUACAGAUUGCUUGUCCUCGCUUGUCAAUUGAUUGGGGCGAUGCAUUUACGAAGCCCCUUUUGAAUCCUUUCGAGACUGACAUUGCUCUUGGCUUCAUACCUGGUUGGUGGGAGAGGAAUAAGAAAAGUGAUUCGGGGUGCUGUGCUUGUGGUAAUGGCAAUGGGACUGCUGAAGACCUUGUAGGGGACUAUCCCAUGGAUUACUAUGCUGCGGAUGGAGGGGAGUGGAACUCCUCUUAUGUCAACAAGCCGACACGCCCUGUUUGCAGGGAUUCCGCAUUGGCAACUGCCAACAUUGAAUAGAAUAGUGUGAGCUGACUCUGCCAGGCUUAUCCAGUCAGGGACUGAGUUUCUUGGACUCGUUAUAGCUAUUAAAGAUGACCAGAAACAAUUUUCCAACUGUGGAGAAAAGUUAGCCUGAUAUCUGCCUUGAUUUCAUGAAUAUCAGUUUCCAGAUAAUUGGCAACUUGAACCAAAACUUCAAGGACUGUUUUCCAUUUUUUGGUAAUUAUAGUGCAAAUAGUUUAGAGAGACAGGAGGUUCCAAGAGGCCCAAGAUAGUUAAAAUCGGUUUGCUUCCAUUUUCUACAUGCAAUGCCACAAAUGACACCAAAAUGUUUUGCUCUCAGUUUGGUAUUACCGGUUCAUCGCAUGGCUAUUCUGAUGUGAUGAGUUGAACCAAUGUAAUAUCUCAUGACAUGUAUUUGUAGCAAAUCUUUUCUCUUUGCAAUUGCCAUCUCCACCAGCAACUUAUAAAAUUCCUCAACACUG